AUGGCGGAGCUACUGUCCCAAGUGGAGCCUGAACUUCUCAACGGGGUCGUCCCGACUGAGGAGAGGGGAGACGGCGACGCGUCGGAGUCAGUGAAGAAAAGGAGGAGGAAAAAGAAGAAAAGCAAGACACUCGCUCCAGUGUGUGACAUUGCAGCAGGGACAAACCCCACGGAGAAGGAGGAAGAGGAUGUCAAAGGUGUGAGCGAAGCACUCCAACAGUUGGAGGAGCAAACUCUGGAGGACAAGGAGAAAGACGAGGAUGGAGACGAAGACGGAGACGAGGGAGAGAACUCUGCGGGGAAGAGGAAGAAGAAAAAGAAGAAAAAGAAAAGUGCCAAGGGCCAGACUGACCCCCCCACCGUCCCCAUCUGCGAGCUCUAUCCCGGCGGGGACUUCCCGAAGGGAGAGGAGUGCGAAUACCCGCCGUCAAAAGACGGGCGCAGUGCAGCAUGGCGGACCACCAGCGAGGAGAAGCGGGUGCUCGAUAAGGCGAACGAGGAGAUGUGGAGCGACUUCAGGCAGGCCGCCGAGGCCCACCGCCAGGUGCGGGCAUACGUCCGCACCUGGAUCCAGCCGGGCAUGGCCAUGAUCGACAUUUGCGAGCGCCUCGAGGACUGCUCCCGCAGGCUGAUCAAGGAGAACGGCCUUCACGCCGGCCUGGCCUUCCCCACCGGCUGCUCCAUCAACCACUGCGCCGCCCACUACACCCCUAACGCCGGCGACACCACCGUGCUGCGCUACGACGACGUCUGCAAGAUCGACUUCGGAACGCACGUCAACGGUCGGAUAAUCGACUGCGCCUUCACCGUCACCUUUAAUCCCAAGUACGACAGGCUGCUGGAGGCAGUGAAGGACGCCACCGACACCGGCAUCAGGUUUGCAGGGAUUGAUGUGCGCCUGUGUGAUGUGGGUGAGACCAUCCAGGAAGUCAUGGAGUCAUACGAGGUGGAGAUCGAUGGGAAGACCUACCAAGUGAAGCCGAUAAGGAACCUGAACGGCCACUCUAUCGGUCAGUACCGGAUCCACUCAGGGAAGACCGUCCCCAUCGUGAAGGGCGGCGAGGCCACGCGGAUGGAGGAGGGGGAAGUGUACGCCAUCGAGACCUUCGGCAGCACGGGCAGAGGAGCUGUCCACGAUGACAUGGAGUGCUCGCACUACAUGAAGAACUUCAAAGUGGGGCACGUGCCCAUCAGGCUCCCCAGGGCCAAGCAUCUCCUGAACGUGAUCAACGAGAACUUCGGCACGCUGGCGUUCUGCCGGCGGUGGCUGGACCGCCACGGCGAGAGCAAGUACCUGAUGGCGCUGAAGAACCUGUGCGACCUGGGCAUCAUCGACCCCUACCCCCCGCUGUGCGACACCAAGGGCAGCUACACGGCGCAGUACGAGCACACCAUCCUGCUCCGGCCCACCGCCAAGGAGGUGGUGAGCCGCGGGGACGACUACUGA